AUGGCUAAUCAAGCAAUUCAACGCGAAAGACAUCCGACCCCAACUGUGGAUGAUUUAAUUCACAAAUUAAACGGCGCCACCAUAUUUACAAAGCUUGAUCUUCGCUCGGGAUACCACCAGUUAUCUCUCGCUGAUGAAAGUUGAAUUUUGGCACCAAUUCGGCAAGUGAAAUCUUCCAACAUGUAAUUAGCGAACAAAUCCGUGACAUUCCGAAUGCCAUCAACAUUAGUGAUGACAUAAUUAUCUUUGGCAUAACACAAGCUGAGCAUGACAAAGCUCUUCAUGAAAUUUUUGAGCGGUUUUCACUCAUUGGAUUAACCUUCAACAAAGACAAAUGUGAGUUCAGUCAAUCGCAGCUCACAUUUUUUGGUUUUGUCUUCUCAGGUGAUGGCAUUUCACCGGAUCCAGCGAAGGUUUCAGCGAUUCACAACUGCCCACCUCCAAAUUCAAUUAAAGCUGUUCGGAGUUUCCUUGGGAUGGUGACAUAUUGUGCGAAAUUUAUCCCUAAUUUCAGUGAUCUCACAGAGCCUUUGCGAGAAUUAACGAGAAAAAAUGUGCCUUUUUGCUGGACAUCUAGGCAUGCUAAAUCUUUCAACGCAGUAAAAGCUGCCCUCACAAGUGCAACAGUUAUGGCAUAUUUUGAUCAAACCAAGGAAACAGAACUUAUCACUGAUGCAUCACCUUUUGGUCUCUCAGCUAUUCUGACACAGAAAGUCCCAGGAUCAGACCAAUGA